CAAUAUUAGUCCAAGAACAUAUUCACGGGUUUCGAGCGAUAUAAUCGCUGCUUCGGCACGGUGUAUUCACGUACUUGAUUGUUACUUUACGUCGAUGUCGGACCGGCUGUCCGAAAGAGGGCCGCCGCCGCAUACACAGUCCCAAUGGAUGGCAUUUCUUGCCCCUCCUCACUCUCUCGAUAACGACAUGGAAAGUAUCGUCUUUUUGGCCGCUUUCAAUAGACCGCGAUAAACACCACCUCAGCGGCGGUCAGUCAUAUACAACAGUCUCACAUUCGCUAUCGUCGAUUCGUCUAUGCAUUGAGCGCGGUCGUUUUUGCGUGCGGAAAAGUUCGGAACACGCGUUGUUUCCUCUCCUCUUCUUUCGCUCGCUGGUGGAACAAAUUAAUGCAGUCGGUCUGGUGUUCAGUCGCUCGCUGGGAUUGUUUGUUAAAAAACGCCACAUUUCUCUCCAUAUAAGAUCCGGACAUCACGAUGGCUGCCAAACAAGUAAAUGACGCGGAGACCGCGGACAUCUCACCGGAACAAGAAUCAAUUCAAAGCGACUCGGACUUGGUCAUCUUCGCAUCAUCUCGAGCAGUGGUAGAAGGACGCCUCACUCCUGCGACCAUCAUCAUCUCCAAAGCCACCGGCAAAAUCACAGCGAUCCACGAUUCCGUCCUCGGGCGGACUUCAUUCCCGGCCGACGCCACAUACAACGACUACACCCCCCACGUCUUACUCCCGGGUCUCGUCGACGCCCACGUCCAUCUCAACGAGCCCGGCCGGACGGAGUGGGAAGGUUUCUACACGGGCACCCAAGCAGCCGCAUUCGGCGGCGUCACGACCGUCAUCGAUAUGCCGCUGAAUGCCAUCCCGCCGACCACGACGAUGCAAGGCCUCAAGGAGAAAGUCGCGGCCGCCCAGGGGAAGUGUUGGGUCGAUGUAGGCUUCUAUGGCGGCAUCAUCCCGGGGAACGCAGCGGAGUUGAAACCGCUCGUGAGGGCCGGCGUGCGAGGUUUCAAGGGGUUCCUCAUCGACAGCGGCGUCGAGGAGUUCCCGGCCGUCUCCGCAGAGGACAUCACCAAGGUCUUCGGGGAGUUGGCGGACGAGCCGACGACGGUCAUGUUCCACGCCGAGAUGAUCCCGCCCAUCACGCAGUCCGUCGGCGACGACGUCCAGACCUCCCGGCCGCCCGCGCAACCCUCGGGCCCGUUGGAGAAAUACCAAACGUUCCUCGACUCGCGCCCGGCCGCCUUCGAGACCUGCGCCAUCUCCCAGAUCGUCCACCUCGCGCCCCUGGCGCCGGACCUCCCCUUGCACAUCGUCCACCUCUCCGCCGUGGAGGCCAUCCCCAUCCUCCGCGACGCGCGCGCGAGAGGCAUCAGGAUCACCGCCGAGACGUGCUUCCACUACCUCAGCCUGGCCGCCGAGGACGUCCCCGACGGCGACACGCGACACAAAUGCUGCCCGCCCAUCCGCUCCGAAUCGAACCAGGAGGGCCUGUGGAGGGAACUCCUCGCCGGGGAGGAGGGAGGCGGUGUGAUUUCGACGGUCGUCUCGGACCAUUCGCCCUGCACGCCGGACCUCAAGCUUUUACCUGCACAUGUCCCCGGCGCCGUGGUCGCGAGCAGCAGCAGCGGCGGCGGCGGCAAGACAGCGGCGUCAUCCUGCGGUGCGAAGAAGGACGAUAAGACGGGAGACUUCUUCGGCGCCUGGGGAGGGAUUAGUUCCGUCGGCCUGGGGCUCAGCAUUCUCUGGACGGAGUCCCAGCGCCGCCAUCUCGAGGGAUCCAAGACGCUGCUGGACAUCGCCCGGUGGUGCUGCAAGAACACGGCCUCCCAGGUCGGACUGGAGGGCCGCAAGGGCGAACUCCGAGUCGGGCUGGACGGCGAUGUCUGCGUCUUCGACCCCGAGGCCUCCUUCGUCGUCGAGCCGCACACCAUGCUGUUCAGGAACAAAUGCUCGCCGUACGAGGGGAGGCUGCUGAAGGGUGUCGCGGUCGAGACUUGGUUGAGGGGCAGGAGGAUUCAUUCUCGAUCGGGGGGAUUCGGGGACGGGACGGUGCCGACGGGGGAGUUGUUGCUUGAGCCGAGGAGGAAGCCUUCUCCUUCUUGAAUUGCGAUUCGUUUCGCCCAUGUAGUAAUCUCAUCGGGAUACAUUUUGUUUACACUUUUCCUGUCGGGAGACUUAUGGGGAGUUGUUUCGUACAUGGAUCAUGAUAGGAGGGGCGCAAAAUCAUGGACGUUGGAUUUCUGCGGCGCGCAUUUCGCCCGGCUGCUUUCUUCCCAUGGGAUCCCCUCACAGGACCCUUUCAGUAGAUGAUCCAAUGCAUUUCCCGCGCACCGGACGUCGUGCUCCGACAUGU